AAAAAAAUUCAAAUUUAGAAAAAAUCGCUUUGAGGUGUACUGGCUGUUGUCUAGAUGCACCUAUGUACCAAAUUCCAUAGCCGUGGGUCUGUUAACUUACGCGCAACUCGAACAAAAGACACACUGACACACACACAGACGGACUCUUUCUUUUAUUAUAUGUAGAGAUUCUUGAUAUAGUAAUAGUAUUUGUGUUUCUGUGUUUUCCUCAAAUAGCAGAGUUUUUCUUAAUUAGGUGUAUUGCAAAACAUACCUUUUAAUAAACUAAGUUUUACCUUGUGUAUAAAGUUGAGAAUAUUAGUUAAAUGUGAACACGAGAAUUUGUCUCAAAUUCAGAUAAUUUAAGCAGUUGUAAUUUAAAGGUUAAUUUUGCUUAAUUUUGCAGUUGUUUUUAAAAAGCACUAAUCAGUUUAUCAGUUAAUUUGAAAAUUGCUUUCAAGGGAAUAAUGUCAGCUGACCUGUAUGGAUUCAAGGUUUCGUUAGGGCUACUAUUUGACUUUACUUCUGUAAAAAAAAAUUUUAAAAAAAAAAAAUUGUUGAGCUGUUGUGCAACUGUACGUUGAAGGGAAAAGUGAACAGUGGAGGAACUAAUUCACUUUUGGAAUACCAUUAAAAAAAAAAAAAACAUACAUGAAUUGCUUUUGAUUUUGAAAUAUUUGUUUAAUUUAUUUUUUUAAUUUAAACCAGCUAACCACACUGUUUUGGUGUGUAUCUGUUCGUUAAGCCUGUGCUGUGACUCAAAAAUGUUUGGGAACUACUAGUAUAGAGUUUGAGUCAUUUGUAAAGUUCAAGGUACAUGAUAUGAACUACAUGAGGGCAAUGAUACUCACUCAUUGUAGUAUUAUCUCCCCCCCUGUCCCAGUAACAAAAUUUAAAAAAAAAAAUUGAUUUCUUAAAUUUCAAAAUUUUACCACUGUACUAAGUGCUAUGAACAACUCUUGAUAAUUUUAUGAUCUUAUUAAAAAGAUUUUAAAGAAAUCCAAUUUAAUACAUGUGUUCAUUAUCAAGCUAUAUGACUGGAGCUUGGAAAAUAUCUAUCUUUGGAGCAAAAGCCCAUCUGUAACCCUACUGUUGUACCAUGCUGUGUUUAUAACAAUAUCAUGUAAAUUCAUAAGAAAGUUUAAAAUUCAAAUUUCUGUAUUUUCCUUUAGCCAUUUUUUAAAGUUAUAGCAUUUGGUAACUAAACUUAUAUAUGUAUUUUUCCAUCCUAGAUUCUUAUGGGGAUCGGAGUAUUUAUUUUAAUUGCAUGCACAUAUUCUACUUUACAUGAAACCAACACUCAACCAGAGCCUGUACCUGAGCCAGUUAAGAAUCUUCUCAAAGUUACACCUGGGCCACUUUUGACUAUAAGUUCAAUUGCACCUGAUAUGAAAGAUCCACAGAUUAUAUCUCUUAAAGAUGACAUAAAUGUUGUUAAGGAAGAAAAGAAAGUGAAAAAGGACAACACAGUAUCAAAUGAUCAAAAGCGUUUAGAACCUCCUAUACCUCAAGAACCUGAAGUAAAGAAAUUGGAAGAACAGCAGAAAGAACAGAAAAUAAUUUUAGAAGAACAAAAGGAAGUAUUACAAGAACUUCAUAAAGAAAUCAACGAAGAACAGCGAAAGUUGGAACAGAAUGCUGAUCUCGAUCCUCAGGCUCUUCAGAAAGAAGAUAAGGAAAUUCAGAAAAAUCUGAAUUUACCAUCUUCGAAUGUAAUUGAUUCCGCAAAGAAAGAUAAGGAUUUGGACAAACAAGAAAAACUGUUACAGAAAUUAGAAGAGCAACACAAGGAACAGAAAUUAAUUUUAGAAGAACAAAAGAAAGUGUUGCAAGAAUUGAAACUUCAUAAAGAAAGCCAUGAAGAGCAACAUAGAGUUGAUUUAGCAGAUAAACCAGAUGUAAGACCUGAGAGUAAAGUUCCCUUUCCCUCUGAAAAACCUCCAGACAUUCCACUGAAAACCACUUCUAACAGUAAAGUAAAACAAAAUAUUGAGUCCAAAAAUAUAGAAUCUGUUCCUCUUGAACUUAAAAAAGAAAAUAUUUUACCUGAGAGGAGAAAGGAAAAAAUAAAAUUGCAACUUCCUGCAAAAAAUUCUUCUGUUAGUGUGCCUAAACAACAAGUUAUAGCUGAAAAUGUUAUAGGUGAAGUCCAGGAAGUUAUAGAGGCAAAGCCUUUGUCUCAGAAUGCUAAUGUGCCUUUACCCAAAGAAGUGAAAAAAGCUACACCUGUAAAAGAUGUUGAAAAAGUGAAGCAGAAUUUAACUGUUGUGUCAGUACAAAGUAGACUGCGUGAAAUAAAUAAAAAUACAAGUCUUCUUCUACAGCCUAAUGUAAGCAAUUUACCUCUUUCUCCUGAUACAGAGGCACCAAAAAGUGUUCCUGAUAAUUUGAAAAGCCAAGAUUCAUUCAUUAAAAAAAGAGAAACUUUACAGAAGAAAGAUGAUUAUUCUGAUAUUCCUGUAGCAUUUUCUGAAAAAACAUUAGAUAUUCAAAAUAAUGUUAAUAAUAAUAGACAUAUAAGUAAUGUAAAUAUUAAGACCUCAGAUAGAUAAAUACAAAUUAUUGUAUAUUUUAAAAUUAAUUCUAUCUAGUCUUAAUAAAUUAUACUAUCGUUCCAUAAUUGGCAUGUAUCUUAUUAUUUAGAUUACUGUUUUCAAAUUCUUGUGUUUAGGAAAGUUCAAGGCACAGCUCUUUCAUAUUAUUAGCAUUAAAAAAUAUUUUUUCAUAAUUUCAGUCAUUGAAGAAAAUGAAAUAUUCCUUAAUAAUAGAUGUAAUUUAUAUGUCUAUUAUUAUUUAUAAUAGACUUGUAAUUUAAAAUAAUAAUAGACAUCAUUUAUAUACUUAAUAUUUUUUUAUAUUCAAAAUAAUAUAAAUAAUAAUAGGUAUAUAAAUAAUGUAGACAUCAAAACUUGUGAUAAUAAAUAUUAACUGUGUUAGAUUUUUUAAAUCAAAGCUUUUCCUGUUUAGUUUUACUAAAUUAAACUAACAUUCUUUAGGGUUUUAGAAACUACAAAGAUUUUGAUGUAUAUUUACCAUACCUUUUUAAAUAUUAAGUGAUAUUUUUCCCAAAUUCUAACCUUCAUAGAAAGAUAAAAAGAAAUUUUUAAAAAAUGUUUUCUGAAUUUUUUUUAUUUUAAUGGGAAAAAAAUCAAAUAUCAUAUUUCUUUAACAAAAAGUUCUAAGUAUCAGUUUUUUUUUUUAUUAUUCUGAUUACAAUUUGCAUUUUAAUAUUUUUAUUUAGCAGUCUUUUUUUAAUGUGUGUUAUUCUUGAACAUCGUUUGGUUUGCUUGGAACCAGUUUGUCACUUUGUUUCUUUUGUACACAUUUACUGAUUUUAAUAGUUUGACAUUAUUUUUUUAUCAAUUCAUGUAAGGAGAAUCCAACCAGUACGUUUAUUAUGCAUAUUUUAUUUAUUAAAAAUAUUCUAAUUAUUGUACAGUGUUCCUUUUGACCAAAAGUAUAAUUUGCAUUGUAAUUUUUUUUUUCGCUAGUCAUUUUUCCUGUACAUUAAUGCUGCAUCCAUUGAUAUUAUUUCAGCACUGAAGCAAAUUUAUCACUAUGUUCCUUUGACUAUUAUUUCAGAUUUUCAUGAUGUUGUGUUACUUUUAAUAUAUUUUAAUGAUGAAUGCUCAAUCAAUGUUUUUAUUAUGUACAGUAUAUCUUUGUUGAAUGUGGGGAUUAUGUCAUUAAAUCGUUGCAUGUAUAGUAAAAUCGUAUUCAGCAAAGUUAACUUUCUGUGGAAAAAAAAAGUGUUAGGUAAAGUUCAGAGAAAGAAAGUAUGUAUAAUCUAUACAUGCCUAAAUGUUAUAAUAAUUAAAGUGGAAAAUGAAA